AUGGGCAAGCGCGGUGGUGCGGGGACUGAGUACAAGGACAAGCCGGCAGAGCAGAAGAAGGAUGGCACCGUGGUCAAGUCCUACCAGCGCAUGCCCACGCAGAUCCUCCAAGAGUGGAGCCAGGGCCAAAAGCGGCCCAAGCCCGAGUACCGGGGGGUCCGAUCCUACGACCGGAGUAAGUGCCGCUUCAAGGUGGUUCUGCCUGACCCCAAGGAUGCCGCCAAGAGCCUGGAGUUCGAGGCCAACCGGGACGCAGACACGCCCUUCGCAGCUAGGGAGGAGGCGGCCAUGGUGGCCCUGCUGAAGCUGUGCCCGCAGCUGCCGCUGGAGCGCAAGCUGCCGGACGGCUACCGGGAGACCUGGCUCGAGGAUGAUCAAAUCCAGAACCGCCCUGCGAAAAACGGCGACACCCGGUGA